AUGGGGCCGCGGGGGCCGGCGCUGCUGCCGGUGCUGCCGGUGCUGCCGGUGCUGCUGCUGCUGCUGCUGCCGCCGCGGGCGCGCCCUGGGCCGCCCUGCCCGGAGCCCUGCCGCUGCCCGCCCGCCGGCGCCCUGCGCUGCCCCGGCCCGCGGGCCGGCCUCGCCCGACUAUCACUCACCUAUCUCCCUAUCAAACUAGUCCCAUCUCAAGCUUUCAGAGGACUUAAUGAGGUCAUAAAAAUUGAAAUCUCUCAGAGUGAUUCUCUGGAAAAGAUAGAAGCUAAUGCCUUUGACAACCUCCUCAAUUUGUCUGAAAUACUCAUCCAGAACACCAAAAACCUGGUGUACAUCGAGCCUGGAGCAUUUAGAAAUCUCCCCCGGUUAAAAUACCUGAGCAUCUGUAACACAGGCAUCCGAAAGCUUCCAGAUGUUACGAAGAUCUUCUCCUCUGAAUUUAAUUUCAUUCUGGAAAUUUGUGAUAACUUACACAUAACCACCAUACCAGGAAAUGCUUUUCAAGGGAUGAAUAACGAAUCCAUAACACUCAAACUAUAUAGAAAUGGGUUUGAAGAAAUACAAAGUCAUGCCUUCAACGGGACGACGCUGAUUUCCCUGGAGCUCAAGGAAAAUGCACACCUAGAGAAGAUGCACAAUGGAGCCUUCUGGGGGGCCACAGGACCCAGCAUCUUGGAUAUUUCUUCCACCAAAUUGCAAGCCCUGCCUAGCUAUGGAUUGGGGUCCAUUCAGACACUCAUUGCCACAUCAUCCUACGCUCUAAAAAAACUGCCAUCGAGGGAAAAAUUUACCAGCCUCCUGGAUGCCACACUGACUUACCCCAGCCACUGCUGUGCUUUUAGAAACUUGCCAAAAAGAGAGCAGAAUUUUUCAUUUUCCAUUUUUGAAAACUUUUCCAAACAAUGUGAAAGCACAGCAAGGAGACCAGAUAAUGAAAUGCUUUAUUCUGCCGUCUUUGCUGAGAGUGAACUGAGUGACUGGGAUUAUGACUAUGGUUUCUGCUCACCCAAGAUACUCCGAUGUGCUCCUGAACCAGAUGCUUUUAAUCCCUGUGAAGAUAUUAUGGGCUAUAACUUCCUUAGGGUACUGAUUUGGCUGAUUAAUAUCCUAGCCAUCGUGGGAAAUGUGACUGUUCUCUUUGUUCUCCUGACUAGUCGUUAUAAACUGACAGUGCCCCGUUUUCUCAUGUGCAAUCUCUCUUUUGCAGACUUUUGCAUGGGGCUCUAUCUGCUGCUCAUUGCCUCAGUUGAUUCCCAAACCAAAGGCCAGUAUUAUAACCAUGCCAUAGACUGGCAGACAGGGAGUGGGUGUAGUGCAGCUGGCUUUUUCACUGUAUUUUCAAGUGAGCUUUCUGUCUACACCCUCACAGUCAUCACACUAGAAAGAUGGUACACCAUCACCUAUGCUCUUCAGCUGGACCAAAAGCUGCGUUUAAGACAUGCCAUUCCAAUUAUGCUUGGAGGAUGGCUCUUUUCCACUCUUAUCGCCAUGUUGCCCCUUGUGGGUGUCAGCAAUUACAUGAAAGUCAGCAUUUGCCUCCCCAUGGAUGUAGAAACCACUCUCUCACAAGUAUACAUAUUAACCAUCCUGAUACUCAAUGUGGUGGCCUUCAUCAUCAUUUGUGCUUGCUACAUUAAAAUUUAUUUUGCAGUUCAAAAUCCAGAGCUGAUGGCUACCAACAAAGAUACAAAGAUUGCUAAGAGAAUGGCGGUCCUUAUCUUCACUGAUUUCACCUGCAUGGCACCGAUCUCUUUUUUUGCCAUCUCAGCUGCCUUCAAAAUGCCCCUUAUCACAGUAACCAACUCUAAAGUUUUACUGGUUCUUUUUUAUCCUGUCAAUUCUUGUGCCAAUCCAUUUCUGUAUGCAAUUUUCACAAAGGCAUUCCAAAAGGAUUUCUUUCUGUUGCUGAGCAAAUUUGGCUGCUGUAAACGUCGGGCUGAACUUUAUAGAAGGAAGGAUUUUGUGGCGUAUACCUCCAACUGCAAAAAUGGCUUCACCAGAUCAAAUAAGCCUUCUCAGUCCACCCUGAAGUUGUCUCCAUUGCAGUGUCAAUAUACGACUGUCCCAGACAAGACUUGCUGUACAGAGUAUUAA